GGCCCAGGGGACAGCCAGGGACAGGCGGACAUGCAGCCGGGGCCUUGGGGCCUGAACAGGGGCUGCCAGGCCCCGUGACGGGAGGACCCCGAGGCCCUGGCCCGGGGAGGGGGCCAUGGUGCUGCCUGCCCGACAUGUCAGCCGAGGUGCGGCUGAGGCGGCUCCAGCAGCUGGUGCUGGACCCCGGCUUCCUGGGGCUGGAGCCCCUGCUCGACCUUCUCCUGGGCGUCCACCAGGAGCUGGGUGCCUCCGACCUGGCCCAGGACAAGUAUGUGGCCGACUUCUUGCAGUGGGCCCCGCCCCCCAAGUCAGUGUUUCCCUAAGUGUGGGCCAGGAGCCGCCUGCCUCUGAACCUAGAGGGACACCCAUCGCGGCGAGGCUUAAGGAGGCCCGGCUGCAGCGGGAUGACUUCGAGAUCCUGAAGGUGAUCGGACGCGGGGCGUUCAGCGAGGUAGCGGUCGUGAAGAUGAAGCAGACGGGCCAGGUGUACGCCAUGAAGAUCAUGAAUAAGUGGGAUAUGCUGAAGAGAGGCGAGGUGUCGUGCUUCCGCGAAGAGAGGGACGUGUUGGUGAACGGGGACCGGCGCUGGAUCACGCAGCUGCACUUCGCCUUCCAGGAUGAGAACUACCUGUACCUGGUCAUGGAGUACUACGUGGGCGGGGACCUGCUGACGCUGCUGAGCAAGUUCGGGGAGCGGAUCCCGGCCGAGAUGGCGCGCUUCUACCUGGCGGAGAUUGUCAUGGCCAUAGACUCGGUGCACCGGCUGGGCUACGUGCACAGGGACAUCAAACCCGACAACAUCCUGCUCGACCGCUGCGGCCACAUCCGCUUGGCCGACUUUGGUUCCUGCCUCAAGCUGCGGGCGGACGGAAUGGUUCGGUCGCUGGUGGCUGUGGGCACCCCUGACUACUUGUCCCCCGAGAUCUUGCAGGCCGUGGGCGGCGGGCCGGGCACGGGCAGCUACGGCCCCGAGUGUGACUGGUGGGCCCUGGGCGUGUUCGCCUAUGAAAUGUUCUACGGGCAGACGCCCUUCUACGCCGACUCCACGGCGGAGACCUACGGCAAGAUCGUGCACUACAAGGAGCACCUUUCUCUGCCGCUGGCUGAUGCGGGAGUCCCCGAGGAGGCUCGCGACCUCAUCCAGCGACUGCUGUGUCCCCCGGAGACGCGGCUGGGCCGGAACGGAGCAGGCGAUUUCCAGAAGCAUCCUUUCUUCUUCGGCCUCGAUUGGGAUGGUCUCCGAGACAGCGUGCCUCCGUUUACGCCGGACUUUGAGGGAGCCACCGACACGUGCAACUUCGAUGUGGUGGAAGAUGGGCUCACUGCCAUGGUGAGCGGGGGCGGGGAGACGCUGUCAGACAUGCGGGAAGGCAUGCCGCUGGGGAUCCACCUGCCUUUUGUGGGCUACUCCUACUCGUGCAUGGCCCUCAGGGACGAUGAGGUCCAGGGCCCCAUGCCCAUGGAACUGGAGGCCGAGCCAUUGCCUGAGCCACCUGUGCAAGUGCCCAGCCUGGAGCCCACGGUGCCCCCACCAGAGGAAAAGGCUGAAGUGGCAGUUCCGGUGGCAAUCCCAGCGGAUGUGGCAGAGGCCGCGGUGACCUUGCAGGAGCUCCAGGAGGCCCUGGAGGAAGAGAUGCUCACCCGGGAGAGCCUGAGCAGGGAGCUGGAGGCCAUCCGCACGGCCAACCAGAACUUCGCCAGUCAACUCCGCGAGGCUGAUGCCAGGAACCGAGACCUAGAGGCGCACAUCCAGCAGCUGCAAGAGCGGAUGGAGGGGCUGCAGGCGCAGGGAGCAGCAGCUGUCACGGGGGUCCCCAGUCCCCGGGCCACGGAUCCACCUUCCCAUCUAGAUGGCCCCCCGGCCGUGGCUCUGGGCCAGUGCCCGCUGGUGGGGCCAAGCCCCAUGCACCGCCGCCACCUGCUGCUCCCUGCCAGGGACCCUAGGUCUGGCCUAUCGGAGGCGCGUUCCUUGUUCCUGUUCGCCGCUGCUCUGGCUGGUACCGCCGCCCUGGGCUGCACUGGGUUGGUGGCCUGCGCAGGCCAUCCCGCCCGGGUCUGGCGCCGCCCAGGAGCCGUCUUCGUCCCCUGAACUUUAGAGCCCCGGCCUGUCCUCCACUCGGGCCCCGCUGGAGGGUUGGGUGACGCGGGCUCGGCCCAGAAGCCACUUACAUCGCCUCCCGGCUCACACCACUCCAAGUGUGGGUCUCCACCCCAGCUGCAGCCUUGUGAUCCGGCCCGCCCCCUGGCGGCCGGGGAGGGAGGAGCCGGGCCCAAGGCCGGAGCGCGGGGCUAAAAGGAGGCUUGUAACCCGACGUGGUGCUGUGGGUGGAAACGCGGACCACUUCCUCCGGCCUGGCUGAGGCCGCGACGUAGAUCGGCAAACUGCGAUCUAGAGAAGGCAUCAGGGCCAGAGCUCAGCCAUCUGUUUGUCACCCUCCACGCACCCCACCCACAUCGGCUCGAAAACCACCAAUCCUUGUGCAUGAAGCCCUGCUCGCCCGUUCUCUGCGAGAGAAUGUCUAGCGCGAGCCCCGCUGCUCUCGGGAACCGUCCGCUUUUAUUAGCCCCGCUUUUUCGGGGCCUCCCGCGCCCUCCUCACGUGCGCUGCUCUCGGAGCCUCUGCCGGCUCCUCCCGCCUGGGCGGUUUGGGUAUUUAUUGACCUGUCCUCCGACCGGCUGAAAGCUCCAGGACCCUGCACCCUAAUCCACGUUUUGGAUGCACUGAAACCCCGACCUUCCUCGGUAUUUAUUGUCUCUCCCCACCUAGGAACCCCACCCCCGACCCUCGUGAAUAAAAGGCUCCCUUGUCUGCCCA